CAGCACGCUUUUGUCCAAGCUCAGAAGUCAGUUUGUCCUUUACAGAGCUGCGCGUUUCCACCUCUCUGUGUUUAUGUGUUUAGAAACACGUUAUAAGCACCGCCGCGUUUCCUUGCCUUUUGAUGCCUUUUCAACCCGCAGUGACAAUUUUGCGGGCAAAAAUGGGUUUUUGAUGUACUUUGUUCGUGGGAAAUUGUUUUCAACCAGGGACCGGCAAAGGUGUCACGAGCGAGCGAGUUCUGGCGUGGAUUUCCCUUUUGGUUUCCACUCGAGUAUGACUGCUGUCACGGACAGUUACUGAGAGAACGGAGGGACUGAGUUCAUCCUGCCCUUCAUCCUCCCCGGCGGACCCCUAUGGAGAGGGAGCCCCGCGCGCUCUCACGCGGCUCUUGGAGUUACUUGCGGCAGAGAACAGCGCGGUGAAUGUUGACUUCACCGACCUGGAUAGCAGCAGAAGACACACUAAACCUCAUUUGAAUGCCUUUGCAAGGAGUUUGCUGGUUUCUGUGCUGCAGGCAGGGCUUCAGUUUGCUCGGACGAGAGUAUGGGGAGAAAGAGGAGGAAGAGUUUGAAUUGCGCAACAAGGAGGACCUGACUCCCAAUGGACGGAGUCCAGCUGAAGUGACUGUUUGUCAACCGACUCUCACGGCCAAUGGAACAAACGGGCACACUGUGUCAGAGGUGUCAGAGAUGAAGAGUCUGAUCAUCGAGAAGAAUAAGAUGGGCCUGGAGGAAGAGCCUGAACUGCUGGUCAAAGGGUGGCUGCUGCGGGAGGUGCGAGGAAACUGGAUCAAGCAGCGUCGGUAUUGGUUCGCACUGAGCCAGGACUCCCUCGACUACUACAGCGGACCAGAGAAAGGAGCCCGCCGCCUGGGCACGCUGGUCCUCACCAGCCUCUGCUCGGUCAUCUGGCCAGACAAGCAGACAUACAAGGAGACAGGCCACUGGAGCAUCACAGUUUAUGGCCGAAAGCACUGCUACAGGCUGUACAGCAAGCACUUUAACGAGGCUGUGCACUGGGCAUGUGCCAUCCAGAAAAUCAUUGACACCAAAGCACCGUUAGAGACACCUACACAGCUCCUGAUUCGAGACAUAGAGGAGAAUAAGUUCAACCCUGAGGUAGUGGAGCACAUCUACCAGCACAAUCCCAUCUUGAAGUACACCCAGGGACCCUUGUAUGCUCCUCUGUUGGCCUUUCCUUACGGCAGCCUGGAGCACACAUACCACAGUGGGAAAGGCUAUGGUUCGGUGCGCGAAGAGGCCGUGAAGCUCUUCAACUGCCUGCAGCAGCUGGAGUCGGCCCGGGAGCCGGUUCCCAUCAUCCAGGGCGUGCUGCAGACCUGCCUGGACCUGCGGCCUCUCCGGGAUGAGGUUUACUGCCAGCUAGUGAAGCAGAACAGCUACACACCGGCCCCGUACACUGCCGCACACCUCCGCUACUGGCAGCUUCUCACCUGCAUGAGCUGCACCUUCCGGCCUGGGCCCACUGUGCUCAAGUACCUGCGAUUCCACCUGAAGAGGAUCCAGAGCCAGAGUCCUGAGUCUGAAAUGGAUAACUACGCGUCUUUCAUCAGCGAGGCUCUGGAGAAGACCAAGUGUCGGGAGUGUGUGCCAUCCUGGGAGGAGAUCCAGAUGCUGAUGAGCCGACAGGAGAUGCUGUGCACUGUGCACUAUCCUGGCCCGCUAUCCUGCCAGCUCUACAUCAGCUCGCACACCACCGCCAAUGAGGUGGUUCGAAUGAUGCAGGAGAAGCUCGGCCUGCAAGAGAGCAGAAACACGUUUUCCCUGUACGAGCAGAGUGCAUUGUGGGAACAGCCGGUCGCUGGCGGCGCUCUGAUCGCAGAUAUCCUGACCAGCCUCGCCACCAAAGAGUCAGAGUCCAACUCCCAAUGGAAACUGUGUUUCAAGCUCUACUGCCUGUUGGAUGCUGACAGCAUAUCGGUGGACAGUAUCGAGUAUCUUUUCCUCUAUGAGCAGUGCCAUGAAAUGGUGGUGCGCGGCCAGCUGCCAGCCUGUGAUGAGGACCUGCAGGCACUAGCUUCCCUGAGGCUCCAGUGUCUGAUGGGGGACUUCACCACACAUGCCCCGUGCCCUCCUCUGGACGAGCUGUUCCCGGGUCACCUGCUAGAAGCUCAAGUGGUCAUGUCCCUUUCUGCACCCCAAGCCUUGCCCCCGUGUCAGGUGGCGGCUCAGGACUGCCCCACGGCCCAGCGCUUCCCCACGGGCCUCCUGGCAGGGACGCUGUGGAGCCACGCGGCCGUAGCGGCGCACAAGCAGAAGGUGGAGCAGGACAUGCGUCUGCGGAGCCGGCUGAAGGAGGAGGCGGCGGCCGUCAUGGGGUCCAUCUUGGAGCGUUGGAAAGGCCUUGCCGGCUACAGCUGCAGGGACAGCAUGGCUGCCUACCUCACAAUUGCACGCCAGUGGUCGGGCUUUGGAUGCACUCUUUAUGAGGUGGACUUUUACAUUAGUUCGACAGGGAGUUUUUCCCAGAAGCUGUGGUUGGGUGUAGCUGCUACAUCCGUGUCGCUGUAUCGGCAGGGAGAGGCAGAGGCUCUGGAGUCCUUCCCUUACGGCCAGAUCUGUUCUUACGGGGUAUCUGAUAGCAACACCUUCAAGAUCACAGCUGGGGAUCGGGAUCUGCUGUUUGAAACCACCAAGCUGACUGAGAUCAUGCAGCUGAUGAAUGCGUAUUUCAGUGCCAUCCGUCGCCAGCGAGGGAAAGAUGCGGACAUCACCGUAACAGAAAGCACAGAGGUCGGCUUCCACCACCUAGCCUCGACACACAAACACACCCUCCUGCCCUCGCACCCAGUUUGAAAGAACCCCACAGCCAGAGCCCCGGACCACCCCCCCCCCCCCCCCCGACCCCCCCAUCUCCUUCCCCCGUCCCCCCCACACUGUCCUCCUCCACGUGGCCCCUGCUAGGCCCAGCCCUCCGGACACCACGCCUCCUCCGCUGGGAGCGGCGCGGCAGCCAAGACAAAGAGAGGGUUGUUUUUGAUGGCUGUUUUUGCUCCCCAGCCGUGGAAAUACACCCCUUGCCGAGCUUUCCAGCUUCGGGGCUGGCCGAUGAAGGAGGGAGUGGGGGGGCGGGAGGUGUAGGUCAGGAACCCGCGGGACACCGAUGCGGUCGCUGAUGAGCUGUCACACACCAAUGUGAGACGUUGGCGUGAGCCUUGCUGCAUCAGUGAGAGGUGAGACAACAACCAGCUACUCGCCUGGUGAAGGUACGGCUCAGAGUGGGAGCACUGGUCCCGCCCUCCUCUGUGUAAUGCCUUUCCUAGAAGGCAGUCGUCCCUCAAGCACUGCUGGAAUAGUGUUGGGAACAUUCAGUGACACUCACCCCCCCACCCCCCACCUUUGGCUCUCUUUUUUGUACACACACACACACUCUCACUCACUCACUCACAUGCCCUUGCGCUGACAUGUUCAUCAGAGACGGCCGGUUUUCAUAAGGUCUCAGCCCGGUUUGCGUUACCUGGAACUGUUGAUGCAGUCGGCCAUGCGAACUUGGAACUGGAAACAGAUGUUGAACUCUGAAGCUCAGUCACUUUGUGGCGGCCAUUGCCAUCUAGACUCUGGAUCUGUGCGUGCGUCUUUGUGUGCGCGCGCGUGUCUAUUUGAUGAAGAAAUCCGUUUCCUGGAGUACACUUUUGGGAUCUGAUUUAAUUCAGUCUCACAGAAACCAAAGGAUUACUGAGCUGUUUCUACAUUUUUUCCACCAAAUUCUCUCAUGUGUCUUUUGUUGUGCUGCUUGUCUUGGCUGUAAUCCUCGACACGAAACUUUGGUAACACUUGACCGAGGAUGAUUCUGCUAAUGUCAGUUACUACCCUCAUAAUACAGCUCUUAUCUGCUGAAAAUAACAAGUGCUUCUCUGUCUAUAGUUCUUUUCACACAAAAUAAUACAACAAUAUAUACAUAUAUAUAUAUGUAUAUAUAUAUAUAUAUAUAUAUAUAUAUAUAUAUGUAUAUAUAAUGCAAGAAAUAAAACCCAUAGUCAGAGAUGUGCAUCAUUUAAGAAGUGAUGCCAUAUUCAUCUUGCAGUCCCACACAUCAGUCUCCUGCUAUUUAAACAAACCUUUUUAAUCAGGCCAUUGGUGUUUUGUAGUAUUAUUUAUGCAAACUUUGCUAUUUUUUAUUGUUGUUUGUCCUAAAUGCAGACCCCGAUGUGUGUUUUGAUACAAGGUUACCAUAAAUACUUUUGGUUAUACUCCUUAAAAGCAGUCCAGAAGUGUAAAUCCUGUGUAGCUCCAGCUUUCAUUGUUUGAGUAUUCCUGUGAAGCCAAAGUUUCGCCAAGUCAGGGGUUUGAGCACGGACCAAAGAUGUUUUUUUAUUUUUAAAUAAAAUAACAAUUAUCCCGAAGCAGUAAAAUAUUAUAUUUUAACUGUUGUCCCAUUUACUUUUUUUUAAACCUGAAUGUUAGAGAAAUAUGAAGACAUCCCGUUGUAUACAUUAUAUGCCUUAUUUUGAUGUAGUAGAUUACUAUUUAGGAAUUUGAUACGAUAGAUAGGCUUUGUAAAUAUCAUUUUAGAGUACUCUGCUCCACAACACAUGUGAUAACCUGCCUCACCAUGAAAGGCCUUGACGAGUCAUUGCACAGCCGGCUCCUGCUCAGAAGCAGGUCUUUGCUUUUUCUACUGCAGCUGCAGGCAGCUUCGAGCUACAAGUUUGAAAAGCAAAUAAAAUCAAACUGUCAUUGUUGUUGCUUUGUAUUAAGCUUGUUUGUACGCUGCAUGGUACCUUUUAAUGUAAUGUGUGUAUAGUUAUUGCACUAUUGUUUGUUUUGAACUAACUUGAAAGUGCAAUAAAAACUAUAAAUACUGUUUGUAAUUAAUAAAAAAAGGCACCAUUUUACCAUAUUUGGUGGUAAGAAGUGUUAUUCCUUUAUCUUUAUUUCAUUUUCAGAAAAUGUGCUUUCUUGUGCCUAGACUAGCGAAGCCAUGCUGGACUAUUGUUUUCGUUUUAUAAAAGGCUGAAGUUUGGCGCCAGCAGCAGAGCUGAGAGCAGCCUCCCCUGAAGCCUUUCUGGUUGAAAACAAUAGCCCGGUUGAGCAAAGGUCGCCUUGGCGUUCCCGUGUGGUAAUGAGCCUGAACCGAGUGAGAUGAACAGCCACCAGAACACCACAGCUCCAGGUGAAGGAGAAGGGGUGAUUUAUCAUUUUCUAGAUAGGUUUGACUCAUGGAAAUUUUUUAGAAAAAUGUGUUUAUUCAUCAUUUCAAACAGGUCCAAUGCAUGAAAAAACAUUCAUGUAAUACAGAGAGAGCCACUGAACCGGCCGUUAAAGUAUAUUUACAGGCAUGGAGAUGAACUGUUAGCAUGAGGUACAUCAUGUUCAUCUGUCUCUCUGUUGUACCUGACACACACUGUUGAAACAUUGUCAACCUCGUGUACAGGAGUAACAGAUGAGCGAUGUGUCUCAGCAGCAGACCGAUGGUAUGAAGGUCUUAAUCCCUUCCCUCAAGGCAGACACGUCGUCGGCUGUGAAUGAUUUACUGGAAAGCACAAAAACAAGGCAACAGGUUGUCUGGCAACUUGCUGUUGAGAGGAAAAAAAAAAAAAAAAAAAAAGAA